AUGGCGGUACUUCCGGUCCCGCUGCCCUCAGCGAAGAUGGCGGCAGUAGAGAAGCGGCGGCCGGCGGUGGUCCCGGCGGCCAAUUUCGCCGACAGCGGCCGGCCGUCGGUGUCCCGGGCGGCGGCGGCGGCCGAGAGCGAGGAGGACUUCUUGCGGCAGGUCGGCGUGACGGAGAUGCUGCGCGCAGCCCUGCUGAAGGUGCUGGAGGCGCGGCCCGAGGAGCCGAUCGCCUUCCUGGCGCACUACUUCGAGAACAUGGGCCUCCGCUCGCCCGCGAACGGCGGCGCCGGGGAGCCCCCGGGCCAGCUCCUGCUGCAGCAGCAGCGCCUGGGCCGCGCGCUCUGGCACCUGCGCCUGGCCCACCACUCCCAGAGGACUGCCUUCAACAACAACGUUGGUGUGGCCUAUGAGUGCCUGAGCGCCAGCGGGCGCAAGAAGAAGCCAGGGCUGGACGGGCGCACCUACAGCGAGCUGCUCAAGCGCAUCUGCAGGGACGGCGAGGCCCCAGAGGAGGUUGUGGCACCCCUGCUGCGCAAGAUCCAGUGCCGCGACCACGAGGCCGUGCCACUGGACGUGUUUCGAGCUGGCAUGCUCACCUGCUUCGUGCUGCUGGAGUUUGUGGCGCGGGCCAGCGCCCUUUUCCAGCUGCUGGAGGGCCCAGCUGUGGCUGUGGCCGACCGCCGCGUGGGCCAGGCUGUGCUGGACACCCUGGAGGGCGCCCUGCAGGCCAGCGACAACAGCGCUGCGCCCGCCUGCUACCUGGAGGCCGGCUCACGCCUGGGGCCAGACAGCCUGGCACUGGCCAUGGACCGUGCCAUGUCGGGGCGGCGGCCCAGCUCCCCCAUGACCCGCGAGGAGUUCCUGGAGAAGGCGGCUGCCCUCUUCAUCGCCAAGGUCAAGCCGGUGGGCUAAGCCCUGCCUGGGCCCAGCUAGGCCCCUCCUGGGCAGAAUAUGGAUUCGGGACCAGGGCUGGGGCGUCCCUGCAGGCAGGGGGUGCAGCGCCUCCCCCUCACCCAGAUCAGGAUGUGGGCCAAUACCCAGCCCUGGGGAGGAGGCCGGGCUCCCAGGAACAGAAGCUCCCUCCCCACACAACUGCCUGCCUCCCCAGCCCCUCCACCCACGCAGGGCCCCUGCCCAGCAGUAACAAAAUCCAUUGCAGAGGCUGACCCUGGCGUGUGUGCACGUGCUCCCACCUCCCAGCCCCAUCCUUGAUGGCAGAGGACACCCCUCCACAGCAGCUGGAGGAGGCGCCAGGGUGCCCCAGCAAGGUCCUGCUGGGGGGCAAGGGCUGAGUGGCACCACCGGCUCCUCUGCAAUACAGGACCUUGUCCCUCCAGGGACAGGACCCUUCCCAAGGGUCCUUCCUGGGCCUCAGUUUCCCCAGCUGUCAAACAAAGAGGUCAGCUUGACAGAUGACAGCAACAUUGAUGACAGUAACAGCUCAGACACCUUCGGGCAACCACAGCAUCUUGCCCGACUCUCACCACAGCCCCGUGGGGAAGGUAAAUUGCUGCCUGCACUUGGCAGACUGGUGGAGGGUCACACCCCACCAGUGGCUGGGCAGGGAUUUGAGCCUGGGGUCCAGAACACACACCCAUGCUGCCUGCUGCUGGGCCCAUUGGGACCCCCGUGACCCGUGGGAGCCCCCUGAGCCUCCACCAGGCACCCUGGGUGCACCCCCACCCAGUGGGACCACUUGGACAGAGAAUUCUGUAGGGAGCAAGAAGGGCCAGUCCGGAAUCGGAUUCCCAGCUCGGAACAGUUCCUGGCAGAUGACGUCACACUCUGCCUCAGUCUGCCCCUCUGUUACAUGGGCUCAUGACUGCCCCUAUUCUGACUGAGGGAGACCCCAGGGAACACAACCUUUACAGUUUCCACAAGCUGCACAAUGGCAGGGACCCCCCCCCAAUAUUCCUGUUCCCAGCACCAAGAAAAGGGAGGCAAAGUGUGGGCAGUCGAUGAACCAAUGCACGACUGGAUCCUGGAGGAUCUCGUUUCCCAAAAAUAGCCAUGAUGAUAUUUCCAUUACUGCUCUUCCACAGUCCAGAGGUAGAACUCGUUUCUCAUCCUCUCGGCCGCCAGCGGCUUUGCCUGGCUUUGCCUCGGGACUCGUGUGCCGAGGAAGCCCCUGCACGGGCGCGUGUGCCAACCGGCAGCUCCUGCUUUGCAGAUUAGUGAGCUAAAUAAAUGUUGUCGUAACUUA